AUGAAAAAGAAGGUAGCUGUAGUUGAUGGAGAAGAUGACUCAGACGAAAACGAAACACCAAAGACAACUACAAAAAACCGUUCAACGGCAUUGGAAGAAGAACUUAAGAUUAACCCUACGAAGCUGCAUACAAAGGUGUCACAAAGACACAUUCCAUCUGAAAAAAAGUUAACUUGCAUUGAAAACUCCACUUUUACGAAUAAUCAACACCAACCACGAUUGGAGGCAGAAAAAGGAGAGGUCCAGUUAAAUAUGCGACUAAAUGCUCUUUCUUUACUACUUGAAGAAAAACAAGAAAAAUUUAAACCCGCUUUUUUUAUGCGAGAUUCACCACCAAAUACUGCAACAACCCCACCAAUAAUCACUGUAGAAAAGUCACAAAACCCUGUUGUUUUCAAACCUUCCAUUAAAACACACCAAAAAGACUCUGGUAAUUGUGAAGAAGACAAUAUUGUCAAAGAAGAUAGUCCAUAUGUAACAUGUUCUUAUUCAACCCAAGAGAAACAAAUAUAUAAUUUAUGGCGAGAAAACAUGAAAGAGAUUCAUACCAGAUCACUACAAAAAACAGUAAAAAUAGCUGACAAACUAAAUGAUGAACUCGCAGCCAAGAUAAAUCUCUUAAAAAAUACUCAACACAGUAUACAUAAUGUCCUCUCCAUAUCGAACUCUCUCAUAGAUGCUAUCGAUUGCUUUAAUAAUGUCGCCACAGAGUGUUAUCCGGCUCUAUGUCAGCACAAAACCACAACCUAA